AUGUCACGAGGGGCCAACCCCCACGGACAUGACGCCGAGCUUCCCUCCGAGGAAGCCCGUCGUCCUGCGGCGACAGAGGGAGGGCGCAAUGAUGGCUCACCACGAUCAGCUUCGCCGCCUUCACUUCUGUCCUCGAUUCACCUCGCCGGAAUCGCUCGAGCCGACUUCUGUCGCUCUUGUGAGCGGGGAUCUAUGGGCCAUAUACGGAAGCCGGUGAAGCUGAUUAUUCCUGCCUCGUUGUCACGCCCUCUGCACCCUCUUCGCCCAGUCAUGUCACCCUCUUACGGCCUUCCUCGUGGCAUCCAACCCUUUCCAAGCUCCGCUCCCCGGCUCCCGAGACGUAUCGUCUUCUCGAUGCGCCAUGCCCAGCAUGGGGUCCCGGCCAGACGCAUUAAUCACCCGCUGUGGGCUCCGGUCCCACGGCGGACAGAACGCCACAACCACAGCCUCCUUCCCUUCCCUUCGGAAGGGCAACGAGUGUUCUGUUUGUCCGCCUCUGCCGUGUUCCUUUUUUUCGACGCGCGGCUGGAAACGGCCGCCGACGAAUUGAGACCAGAAGCAAGCGGAUUUUUCCGGGGACUUUUUGUGGAUGUAUUUCACCCCCGUCCGGUCUCGCGAGGCGCCCUGCGUCUCGCUUGUUCGUGGACCCAAACGAAAAACUAG